AUGCUUGCAAACAUUAACUGCGCGCAAUUCUUUCUCAGUGCCUUUGCUAUUUUACAAUUUAUGCUAAUUUCUAAUGUGACUGCUGAAAUAAACCAAAUUUUUGGUGGUAAAGAAAAUUCAUUGGAGCAUAAUAUCCAGCAAUAUGGUCGAACGAAUUUUUCAUGCUUUAAUGGUGGCUCACUGAUUAAUGGAAAGUGUCAUUGUCAAGAACGAUUUGAAGGAGAAGCUUGCGAGAUUGAGCCAUGCUUACAUGGAGGAAGAAAGUCAGCAGUAGGCAAAUGCCACUGUCCAUUUGGCUUAACAGGUGAGAAAUGUGAAAUUGUGACCCAUUGCAUCGAAGGUAAAGGUAAGUUGGACAAUGGACGGUGUAAAUGCAACGAUCGAUGGACAGGAAUAUUUUGUCAGACUAGAAUGUGUCAUAAUGGAGUUUCUGUUGGAACUGGAACACAGAUGGGUAGUUUUUGCCUUUGCGAUAUCGGCUUUACUGGUCCAUUUUGUGAAACUGCAAUCGAAUGUAUUCAUGGUGCAAUCACUACAGAAAAUAUUUGCACAUGCGCACCAAACUGGGAAGGUGAAGAUUGUAAUCAGUGCGCAUACGGAUAUCAAAUAGUUGGUGAUGAUUGCAAGUUAAUCGUAACCGAAGAUUCACUUGUGUCUAUUGAAAACCCGAAAGUUAUUACUUUGUGGUCAACUGUUUUGGUGUCUACAGCUGUGAUCUUAUUCGUAUUACUUAUCGUUACUGUGACUACCAUUUACUUCAAAAAAUGCAAUAGUAAACCAAGUAGGAUUGGUUCAGAUGCUGGCACUGAUGUAUAG